GAUGUCUGUCCCUUUAAAUCGCAUGCUGACUAGCGGGCAGGCGCGCGGGCCGGGACAUUGUAGAGGAAGAGACCGCAACACAAAGGGAUUUUCAGAGCUGCGACUAUGGGCGUCAAAUUAUACUACACUACCGUCACCGCUUCAAGGGAGGUGAAGUCCCAGCAGGCCGAGGUCCUGCGCAUCCUGGAGAGCAAGAGCAUCCAGUACCAGCUGAUCGACAUCUCUGUGGGCGGGGCCGUGAGGGAGGAGAUGAGGGCCAAAGCUGGGAACCCCAGUGCCGUGCCACCGCAGAUCUUCAACGAUGAGCAGUACUGUGGGGAUUACCAGAUGUUCUCUGAAGCGGUGGAGGAGGACACCGUGGAUCAGUUUCUGAAGCUGGCUUGAGCCCCCCCACACCACUCUGUCCCCCCACAGGAUAAAUGCCAAAAACAAGACCCCACCCCCACACUCAACCCUGACCCCUGACCCCUAAAACCCUGACCUGGACCCUGCUCAUCAGUAUUAGUUUCCCUGUGCCUGUCUGUGUUGGGCCAAUCCCCCCAAUUUCCAAAUUCAGGACAAGGAUCCUGUCAGUUUGGGAGCCCCCUCCACCUCUCAGUGAUUCAUCUGAAUCUCAGCUGGAUCGGUACAAGGCCAUUAGCCAAUCCAGGGUUUUACUACCUUUUUACCACCAAACCUAAAGAGCGUCCAGCCCCCGUCCGUGUGUCUGUCCGUGUGUCUGUGAGUCCCUCUCUCUCUCCACUGAAACGCAGUAACUGAGACUAUGCACUAAGACCAGCUACGCCCGCCUGUUCCGCAUCCUACUCCUGGAGAUCAACUUCUGUCGAGGCAUUGUGUUUAUGAUGCCAUUCUUCCCCCCGCUGCUCCAUAGAGCCCCCCCCCGCUGCUCCAUAGCAACC